AGAAAAAAAAUGAGCUCCUUCAAAACCCUUCCCGUUUUCUUCUCACUUUUUAUCAUCACUUUUGGCUCAACCUAUACAUCCAAUAUCGAGAUCAGAAACAACUGUCCUUACACUGUAUGGGCGGCAGCAGUGCCCAGCGGUGGCGGCCGGAAACUCAACCGAGGAGAGACAUGGGCUCUAAACGUUAACCCUGGAACGGAAGAGGCUCAUAUAUGGGCUCGAACCAAGUGCAACUUCGACAACUCCGGCCGGGGCACAUGCGAGACGGGUGAUUGUGGAGGUGUUCUUGAAUGCAAAUCCUUUGGCCAACCUCCUAACACGGUCGCCGAAUACAUGUCCGUUAAACAAGAUGUCUUCGAUAUAUCGCUUCUCAAUGGAUUCAACGUUCCGAUGGAGUUUAGUCCCACGUCGAAUGGGUGCAGUAGUGGUAUCAAAUGUACAGCUGAUAUCAUUGGACAGUGUCCGAAACAGUUGAAGACCCCAGGUGGGUGUCAUAACCCUUGCACCUUUUUUAAAACAGACAAAUAUUGCUGCAGUUCCGGUAGGUGCGGACUGACCGACUUGUCAAAGCUUUUCAAGGAGAGGUGCAAGGAUGAUUAUACUUUCCCUAAGGAUGAUAAAACACGCAUAUUUACGUGCCCUCAAAGGACUAACUAUAGGGUUGUGUUUUGCCCUUGAAGCAGUCAUAAAAACGCAUAUAUACAGUUAUAGUUAGUUUGGUAAUAAUGGAAGUUUGGGGAUUUUGGUGCACACGUAGAAGGUGUGCCCUGGCCUGUUAUGCUUCUUUUUUUUUUUUUUUUCCAAUAACCUUUUUAUGCUACUUGAGACGUUCUAAUAAUAAGUAGAUAGUU